UACAUCUCCAUGACAGCCGUGUUGUUGUUGUUGGAGGCGGAGAUGCUAGCAAUCGUCCUGUGCUGCCAGAGGCUUUCGAAAAUAAUAUAACGCGGCGACUAUUGCGCUAUGUAUUGACUUUACAGUUGGAGAGUAAAAAAUUGAGGUGACUUCAAAUAUAAGGUGGGAAACAACGAUGCUGACGCCUCGUUGAUGCUGAAACUUAGUGACUGAUGCAGAUUCUUGGUUCAGUUCCGCUACAAUAUUGGUAUUGGACCGGAGAGAAUGUACGACAGCCUUCAGCAGCGACUGCAGGACCUGCCUUUGAAUGUCAUUGAUCCGGGAUUACUCUAGUCAAACAGGCGACAGAGGAGAAUGAUUUCACGAUAUAACAGAAGACCUGUGUCCCACAAACUAGAGAUUCGAGGUUUGUCUCGAAGUAGUCUUGACCAACACCCUCUUCCAGAAGAAGAUGGUACUCAAGCGCCACAAAACUACCUCCACGACCUGCAUGAAUCCGGCUCAAUCCAUAACAGCUCGGAGACAUCUGCAGCCUCUGGUCAUUCUGAGUGUCCGACAGUCAUCUCUGUAGAUUCCAACCACUCUUGGUCAGGGAUCCACAGUUCCACAGGAACAGGUGUCUCCACUGAGAGAAGCUCUGUUUUCUCCUGGGGCUACGAUGAAUUCGACAAGGCAGCGUCGCGGCAGGUGCAGCAGAUGUUUGAUGAAAUCGACAAAGAACUGUAUGAAGGACAAGGCAGCGGCGGCGGGAUACUCCAGGGACUGCAGGAGGAAUGCCAGCAGUGGGCGACGCGGUUUCCACAUCUCCGGAUCCUGGGUACUCAGCUUGUCUGUCCCAAAGACGAGGGUGUCCAGUGGUUUGCUACCUCAGAGGAGAGCAGCGCGCAGUGGGGGCAGAGUGGAGUCAAGCCCCCUGAGACAGACAAGACCUGCACUGAGUUAAACGUACAGGGCAGGAAAGCAGAUCUGGUGGAGUCAUCGUCUGCAGAGCUUGAUGGUCCACCACGCACCUCCAGCGGUUCCAGCAACCCAGACAAGCCUGCCGUGUUUGAGGUGGAGGGCCAGCUAGAGGAGUACUUGGCUUUUGAUAGCACUGACCAGGAGGACGUUUUCGGGCCAGAAAGCCUGCCGUCUGCACCCAGGCAUCGCUCAAUGCCCCCGAUCUCCCCCUACAAGUGUCGCCGCCAGGCUGUUCUGGACCUGCUCUUCGAUGACGUGUGGCAGCAGCUAGUUGGCAGCAUGAAAGUGCUGAUUCUGCGCCAGCGAGAAACCUUCCACUCAUCUGACGCAAACGUCUCGAGGAACUUCAGUCCUGUUGUUCAAGACUUCCACCAUCCAACCGUGAUGUUGUCGACUCUGCCGAUGAUGCUGCCAAAAGUUAGCCAGAACAGGGUGCCGCCCCUUCCAACUGGUUCACUGCUCCAGAACCCAAAGCCAAGGGGCAAGCACAAGUCCAGGUGGAAAUCCAAAACACAGAAAAGAACUCCCACUGUUGGUAGAGUACCAGUGGGAGCAGCGGCCACCCAGAACAACCUGAAUGACCUGAUCAUGAUCCAAAGCAUCCCAUUACAACAGAGGAACCUGGGCUUGCUGGACAGAACACAUGAACUUGAAGACCGUCUGUCCCACCGCCCAGGCUCCAGCGUCAUCCCCUCUAACAAGCUUCGCCCUCGCCGAACUCUGGAUCAGAGCUCGUCCUCACUAUCCCGCCCACCGCAGUCCGCCAGACGCCGAAACCCCCCACCGCGAACGCUCCUUCCGCUGGUCCCUAGCCUGAGUCAGUCGAGCGCUGUCGGCUCCAUGGAUGAGGUCAUCCGUGGGACACGUCUAGCCACAGUCAGCGACAGACUGACGUCGCCGCUGCUGCCGCUGAGCAGAAACACUCUCCUGCCCCCCAUCGGCACCAACGACACAGAUUCAUCUUCUCUAGUGCUGCAGUCCAAAAAUCCCCAGCGUCAGAAAGGCUCCUCCAGUCGCGCUCACAGUGCACUCAACGCAGAAGCCGGCAGCUCAGUCCCAAAGGAUCGUCACCAUAUGCUGGACGUCUUUUCCAGGCCGAACACCACUCACACAUACAGAUCUGACACUCCUUACAGACGCUCCUUCACAAUACUGGACAACAUUGGACAUGGUCGGACUGGCAGAGCCUCCGUGGCCACAGAUGCACUUGGAAUCGGUGUGACUGGCAUCAGCCUGGGCAUCAGUAGCUCCUCCUUCUUAGACUCGUUCUCCCAUCAUCCCCUGGGGCACUUAACCAUUAAAGAUGAAGAAGAGCCAGACCCACAAGCCCCGGUCCCAGCUCCACUGGUGCCGGUUCCUCUUCGCUCCCGUGGAGGCCUCUCAUCCAGGGCCAGCAGACCGGGAUUGUAGUUGACCAGUCAUGCAGCUUUUUCUCCGUUUAGCAAAUACUUUAAGCAAAAGGUAGCAAAACAUUGCUCACGAUGCUGCUGCUGCUGUGGUGAGUUUAGCUCAAGACACUUUUAUAUCUCCGCUGCCAAACAGAAGCGUACAACCAGUCUAGUGUGGUGCUGGAAACAUCUAUGCAGGGAGCACAUCCAGUUUGAAGAUGUCAUUUUCAAAGGCAUUUAUCCUGCUUACUAUCAUUUCCUGCACUUCCCAAAAGACUGUAGAAGCACUGAAACACUCACCAGUAACUCAGACAGUCAGUCUGUACUCAGCCAAUUUGAGGUGAAUUGUUAAAUCAGGGUCACUGCGCAUCUUUCACCGUAUACCUGCAUAAGCCAUCAGUCACGAUACCGACUUGAAAACCCUCACUUUUGUACACAAGCACUGGACACAAUUAUGUAUAUAUAUACACACACAUUUAUUUGUACUGAUCAACUAAAAUAUUAACCUCACAUGAAGGCAUUAAAAAAACGGAAACACUUUGCUAUUAAAACAUGGGUUACAACCUUGAUUUCACUUCUUGCCUUUUUUUGUUUUUUUGGA